AUGGCGGAGGCAAUUCUUACGGUAGUCUUGCAACAGAUAACAACAAUCUUGAGUGACCAAGCGGUAAAAGAGAUGACGAUGUGGGGAGACCGCGAGGCUGCUCUCAAAAAUCUUGAAACAUAUCUGAAAUCCAUCCGAUCCGUUCUCAAAGAUGCAGAGGACCUUCAAAUUACAGACGAUGCAAUCAAACUGUUGCUAGAAGAUCUGAAAAUUGUAAUUUAUGAAAUCGAGGAUGUGUUGAAUUUAUGGAGCUGUAAAGUACGGAAGGCAGAAUCUGUUCGUGCCAAGGUAAAUUGUCUACUUGAAUUCAUUGCAUAUCGUCGUAGUUCUGAUAGAAUAAAGAAGAUUUGUGAAAAACUGAGUCCAUUUGAGCUGAAAAACAAGCUGGAUCUGGGCAAGAGUAAAAUUAUAUCUCCUCUGCGGAACAAAGAAAGUACUAGCUAUUGUGAUCUAUCAAAAAUUAUUGGUCGAAGCGGAAUAAAAACUGAGUUAGUGUUCCGUUUAGUUUAUGAGGAAGAACAGGGCAGUCAAACUAUCUCCAUAGUGGGGAUGGGAGGUAUUGGCAAAACCGACCUUGCCCGAUUGAUUUACAAUGAUGAACUUCUUAAGACAAGAUUUGACAAAAUGAUUUGGGUGUGUGUUUCCAACCUUUUUGACAAGAAAAAAGUUGCGCGUGAUAUCAUUUUAGCUUUUGAAGAAGAUAAUUUUAGUUUUCCUGUGUACCUCCAAGAUUCAGUUACUUUAGAUUUCCUUCUUGGUAAUCUUAAGCAGAAAAUCAUAGAUACAAGAUUUUUUCUUGUUUUAGAUGAUGUGUGGGCAGACGAUAAUGGAGAUUGGGAAGACCUGCAAGCUGUUUUAAAACAUGGUAAGCCUGGAAGUAAGAUUUUGGUUACUACUCGGAAGGUAUCUGUUGCAAAUACCUUAUCUUGCAAUUCAGGUUUGAUUUAUUAUUUGUCGAGUUUACCUGAUGAAGAUUGUUGGUCAAUUCUUAAGCAAUUUGCAUUUGUUGGAAAGGAUCAACUUUCUCAACAAAAUCGCGAACCCUUGGAAUGCAUUGCAAAGAGAAUUUCAAAGAAAAGUAAAGGUUUGCCACUUGUUGCGAAGGAUCUAGGACAUCACUUACAAAAAAGUGAAGCAAGAUUGUGGAAUGAUAUCAAUGACAAAGAGCUAUGCAAUUUGGCUGUGUGGGAACGUGUUUUGCGUUCUUUAUUCUUGAGUUAUCAUGAUUUGCCGCAGUCAAGAAUCAGAGACUGUUUCUUGUAUUGUGUAACCUUUCCUAAAGGAUUGCAAAUCCGGAUAGAUAAUUUAAUCAGGCACUGGAUUGGACAAGGUUACUUAGCUCCUAGUGGCAAUGUAAAGAGAGAAGAUGAGGUUGAAGCUACAGGUAGAGAGUUCUUUCAACACUUAGCAUCUUGCUCUUUAUUCCAAGAUUUUGUGGAAGAAGAUGACGCUGGCAUUGUUGCAUGUAAGAUGCAUGACAUAAUAUAUGAUCUUGUACAGUAUUUGACAAGUAAAGACUUUGUGAUGAAAGAGGUAAAUAGAUCUGAAAUCAUGAAAUUUCAAUUACCUUCGAAUGAUGCUCGCCACUUGACGGUCAUUCUUGAAGAAGAUCAUUAUUUUCCUCUUUCAAUUAAAGGUGGUAGCAAAUUGCGUAGCCUUUCAAUCUUUUCUCCUUGGGAACCCGAGUUGUUACAUGCGAUUCUCUGCACCAAUUGUUUGUACAAUCUCCGUGCUUAA